UUGCAAAAUUGUUCUUUAAUUUCAGCUGCAGUUUUCGAUUUUCCUUUUGCCUGAAGCUCAAAUCUAUAGGGUUGGGAUAAUAUGCCAUGAGGAUAGGCGAUGUUGUAACCGCAGUCUUUUUCAACCCCAGAAAACACAAGUCCCGGGACCAGAAAGCUUAAGGACCACGUCUGAAGAAAACUCCAAUGAAAACCACUCCCAGGCACAGCGGUGGCUUGGAUGAAAGAAGACUGAAAAUGAUGGCUGCUUCGGUGCAGUGAAAUUACUAGAAGAUUAAAAUAUUCAAUUUUUUUGACAUAUUGAGGAGCACUUUGAACAUCCUCCAUGCUUCACUCGGACUUCUUUCUCUGCUAAAUCGGCAACUUUAAAAAAAUCAAAAUGACAAGGAUUGAACAAUUUUUUUCGAACUGAACUGGAAAUAUUCCAUUAGUGAAUGACUCGCCUCUAUUUUUUUUAAAGGGACACACUGCCAUUUGUACAGAAAUUGAUGAGGAAGAGAUUAUUCUUGUAAACAAAAGGUGCAAAAGCAGAUUUGACGAUGAAUCUGAAACAUACUUUCUCUCUGAAGAUGACAAUUGUUUUAUUUUGUUUUUAUAUGCACUUCGAUGUUGCAAUUAUAUCGCGUCUACCGAACUGAUUUUUUUUCUCUCCCUCUCUGGUUUCAUCUCCAUUCAAAGCAGACAUUCUCCCUUUAAGAGAGAGGUUGCCAGCCAGGAUUUCAGUCUUGGAAAUCCCUGAUGUAAACAAACCGCCCACUUCUAUCAGAAUGCCGAAGAUGGCAGCGGACUGCCGAAGCGAUCUUUUCACAGGACGGCUGCACUGCCAGACUGCUCGGCUGUGGGAGUAACACAAGGCUCUUUCAACUGCUGAUGUCUAACGUCCGGGACCCCACUUCCCCAUUCCUGGUGCCGCCAUCAACAAUUCGGAAUAAAAGGUUUGUAGACUCUUAAAAACCCCUGGUACAGUUUACCACAGAUCUGGUUAUACUGAAGUCUCCAAGGGACAAGUCUUCUCCGAAGGUCCCUGUUGACCCGCUGCUAUGGAUUCAUUCAACUAUGAAGACGACAUUAGUAUUUUAACACAAGAUGGGCAGCAGGAUGAUACAGAGUGGGCUGAUGCACCUAAUACAGACCUGACGGGUGAAGAAUACUCUGCAUCCCACUACGCACUCAUCACAGCCUACAAUGAUAUCAAACAGAGAUUGAUUGGCAUGGAGAGAGAUAACUCUACCUUGAAGAGGAAGCUCAGACAAUACGAUCUCAAGUUUUCCUUGUCAAAUGAGCUUGUGGAUGAUAAGAAAUUGCCCCUGUCCUUGCUUGAUGUUACUUUGCUGCGAAAUGAGAACACUCGGCUGAGGGAGCAGCUGGAGCACUUCAGAAACCAGCUUAGAGACUGUAAAGAAAGGGAGGAUCACCUGGAUGAGGUCAUUAAAGCUUACGAGAAAAUACGUUCUGAGAAAGAUGACCUACAUCAGCAAUUGGAAGAAAUGACAGUGCUGGCUGAAGAUCACGUCUCCACGAUUCAGAGCUUGGAACAAGCUCUGAGGCUGAGGGACAGUUCAGUUCAGAUACUCAACGAGCAGCUCCAGGCCAAAAAUGAGCAAUAUAUCCAGAUGAGCCCAACACACAGAAGUCCUUACGGGUUGGAAAGUCCCAGGCACCAGCAGAACUGCAGGAUGCUCGAUCCCCAGAUCGAUGAGCUGGAAGUUCAGAGGUUGCAGGAGAAGGUGGCUGAACUCCAAAGGAAGCUGCACAGUUGCCAAUGGCGGGAGAGACAGUACAAAGAGGAGUGCGACCGCUUACAGUCUCAGCUGAGCCAGCAAAGUCUACAGGAGAGUUGUGUGCAGCCCUCCCUGUCCCAGGAGCCAAGCCAUGAUGCCCAUGACAUGGAGUGGAUAAAGAACACAGAAGAAGAACAGGAAAGCCUGGUUCUGGCAUACACUGAGCUGGCCCAAGAACUCUGCCAGUUACGGACUCUGACCGAGGCUCAAACUGAGAUCCUGAGGAGGCUGUCUGAGGAACAACUGACUAAUAAUGCCCUUCCCCAACCCUCUGGCCAUGUGAGACAAGCUGCGUACUCCAGCUACCCCAGGAGCACAAGCCACCGUCUCCGGACCAGCUUUCAAGGGCGUCGCAGCUACUCUGAAGUCGGCGAUGUUAAGGUGGAAAGCCACACAAUGCCAUCUCGACUGCCAGUGGAUGAUCCGUCCUUGCCAACACACAGGCACUACCUUACUAACGAUUACCUGAAGGUGCCUGACAGUCCAGACGUUGGCCCGUUCGAACGGCAGAUGGAGUCCGAAGAUGAGGAUUGGAUGAACCAUAGUCCUCCUGGCACUUUGGACAGGGGAAUGAGGAGCACUUCCUCAUGCACAGCACUCCCAAUCCCAGACUCUACCAUGAAUAGGAGUUCGACCGAGUAUUCCAGAUCGGAACAUGCCCAGUCAUGGCCUUCCAUCAAUCUUUGGAUGGAAACGGGAGACUCGGACAUCAGGAGCUGCCCGCUGUGCCAGUUAGCCUUUCCCCUCAGCUACCCAGAUGAUGCCCUCAUAAAACACAUUGAUACUCAUUUGGAAAACAGCAAGAUCUGACAGUGCUGCUCCUCACUGAGCCAUGGAAGGAUUGAAGAAAAUGAAGAAGCAAAAGAUUGUCUUGAGAAACUGAUACAAGACAGCAAAUAUUGCAGAACAAAAAAGGAAUCAAAUUUUCCACUUGCUAACCUAAUUUUUCUUUCUGUUGGGGUUGGAGGGAGAGGAUCAUGAGUCUUGAAUGGACCUUGAAAAGAAAUAGAAACGCUAUUUUGAAGGCUGCUCCAAAUUUGAAGAAGAAAGAUGAAAAUUAUUGAUCAGUUGCUGUCAAACAUGACAAAUGAUACGUCUUCCAGUGAAAUCAGUUUACUUCCAAAAGCAGAAUACUUGAAGCUUGGUCAAUGUGAACUUGGAGAUGCUGGAAUUAGUAGUAGGAGAAUGAAGUUGUCCCAUUGCAGAAUAAAAAUGGUAAACUGAAGGGUUAGGCCUGAGUGUUAAAUUUGGAAGCCUAUUGCUCAAUGGAGAAGAUAGAAUUGGUGUAGUUCAUUAUUGGAACAGGUUUCCCAUGAUACCUGUACAGCUGGCUUCCAGUUAUUGUGGUUUAACAGGAUUAUUGCUCGGGCGUGGGGAGUUGCAGAACAUUUCAUAGAUUGACAUUGAGAAAAAGCAGUCCAUAGCCUGAAGGACAAGUGCAUCAAUAUCACAAAUUGUCCUCCCCCACUGAUUCCAGGUUGGAAAUUCUAUUUAUGGUAUUGAGCACCUUGUGAACCACAGUAGGAAAUAAAAUUAACUUAAUGUUGGCUAUACACAUGAUUCAAAGCUGUGUAACAGUUGUCACAUGCAUGUCUCUUAUUCAUGUUUCUUGACAUCUGACUCCAUAUACAGAAGCUGUUACAGACCAUUGUGCAUUCAGUCUCUGUAAGAGAAUAAAAGAAAUAUUUGCAUUUAUAUCCUCAAAGCCAUUGAGGUACUUUUGAACUAGAGUCACUAUUGUAAGGUAAGAAAUGCAACAGCCAAUUUGCACACAGCAAGCUUCCACAAACAGCUGUGAAAUAAACAGAUAAUCAUUUGUUUUCAGUCAAAAAAUCACAGUGGGUCAAACAGCAUCCAUGGAGAGAGAGCAAGCUAACGUUUUGAGUUUAGAUGACUCUUCAUCGGAGCUGAGUUGUUUUUUUGAUAUUGAUUGAUGGUCACUAUUGACCAGAAUACUUGGGAUAAUCCUGCUCACCUUUGAUUUAAUCCCCUAAGACAUCUUACAUCUACAUCUACCUAAAAGCAAAUGGGUCUUGGUUUUAUGUCUCAUCAAAAGGCAGCAGCUUUGACACUGAAGUACUCCCUCAGUGCUGGGCUGGACUGUCAGCCUAAAUUUCUGUCUCAUGUUUCUAGAGUAAGAACUUGAAACUUGCAAUGUGAGAAUCCUACCAAUUGAGGCAUGACUGAAAAAAGUAAUGUGAUUUUCCUUAACCUCACUAACACUGGUGGAAAUUUCACCUGUGGUUUAAUAUAUCAGUGAAAAAUUUGAAUGUGCUAGGUCUUGCAGCACAUUAGGAUCUUUAGACUACCAGAAGCUCAGACAACAGAACGAAAGAUUAAUUCAAUCGAAUUUCAUAUCUACAUGUCAUGUCCAAAUGUAUACGUAAUAUGAAAAAUCUUACAAUUUCAACUUUAUCCCUAAUAAAUUACAAUGUUUGUAUGUGUGAUGAAAUUUGCCUGGAUACACUAUACUAAUGUAUCCUCGCAGAGGAAACACUGAAAUGUCAGUGAUAGAAAAAGAUUUUAAACAUGGCCUGGUAGGCUUUUUAAAGACAGCUUCCAUUAUAAAUGUGGCAUUUACAAUAGAAAUAUGAAAUAUAACAGCAGAACCAGUAAAUUUUAAAUCAAAUUGGCCUCUGUCUGUGGAUCUUGGUCUAGAUGGUGCCUGAGGCAGUGAAAACUCUAUAUAAAUGCAAAUUAUUUAUUGCUUCUAGUGCAUAUGAGCAUGUACAUUUUACCUCAGAUUGGCACUGCACAGUGCACGGUUGAUGAUAUUCAUGACAGGAAGAUGCAAAAACAAAAUAGGUUGAGAGUGUUGACAUCCCCACUUGAUUCACCAACCUACUUCCUUUGAUAGCUGCUUCUGGGAAUGAAGUCAAUAGCUGGUGGCCCUUACACUCCAAAAGGGUGGCUUCCACUCCUCAACCAGCUGAGAUUAUCAUGAAGAACUCUCCUUCUCAAUCUUUCUCCUCACCUGAGGUGUGGUGACGCUCAGGUUAAAUCUCCGUCCUCCCUCUCUCUCCAUCUCUCUCUCUCUCUAAUGAAAGAGCAACUAUAUGGCCCUCUGAGAAUAUGGUGACAUUACUUUUACUUCUAAAAUUUGACCUUGGGUAUUUAUUGCAUAAUAACAUAAUUACAUAUAUAGGAACAGGAGUAGACCAUGUAGCCCUUUGAGCCUGUUUCUGCCAUUCAGUGAGAUCAUGGCUGAUCGAUGGUCCAACUCAGUAUCUCUCACUAUUCCCUUUUACUGGAUAGCCAUGAAACUCAGGCUUGAUGAAAAAUUUACGAUAAUGUGAUCAAAGACCAGCUCUCACUUCCACUUAGUUAAUUUUAGAUUUCCCAAUUUUCAGGAAGGCAGAAUGCUGUUAAUAAAGCUAGAUAUUACUGGCAUUCUAGACUGGAAUAUCACCCUCUUGGCCAGUUGGACAUAAAGUGGCAUUGAUGUCUAUAUGUGCAGUUCAAGCUGUUUCACUUUUCGACCCCCGAAGAAACAUGAACAGAGAUAGAAAGGAAAGAAAACUAGAGAGAACUGGUAAAGUCCUCUUCACAUUGCUCUUUUCUUCAGUACAGCAGUGACAGAGAAAGUGAGUCUGACACCCAGGGAAAUACCUUUUACAUGAUAGAAGAGUUGGCUGGUAGCAAGUUGCAAGACUUGAAGUCAUUUCAAGCGAUUCUAAUGUGAUUGUAAAGAUGAGGGCUGGUUUAUGUGGUAGCAAGGAUCCUGAGAUUGCAUUCUACUCAGCUCCCAGCCAACUGUUGUUUCCUAUAAUGUAUGCAAGACUGUGAGAGGCUUUAUAUUUGAACAGUUGGGCUGCUUUACCAAUUCUCAUCUUCCGCUUCACUGCCAAAUGUUGCUGUUAGGGUUUCUGUCUUCCGUGCCCCCUGGGGAAUUUUACCAUUCACUUUGCAUCUUGCUCUCUGCGAGAAAUUUUGUUACUGUCCAUUUUGUAUCUUUUAUUUCCGCUGCUUGCUUCUAAACUUCUGCCAACUGGAUUGACGUCAUGUAAUGAGAGAAGAGUUUGAUAUUCAAGUAGGACAGAUGACAGCCUUUCGUGUGAGAGGAGACACCAGAGAGAAGGUGCCUUUACAGCACAUGAUGCAGGUGUUUAUGGUCUAAUAGCUGUUAUACCGACUGAAUCGCCUUCUGGGGCAGGAUGGUGGCUCAGUGGUUAGCACUGCUGCCUCACAGCGCCAGGGACCUGGGUUUGAUUCCAGCCUUGGGUAUGGACGUUGCACAUUUUCCCUGUGUCUGCGUGGAUUUCCUCCCACAGUUAGGUUAGGUGGAUGGGCCAUGUUAAAUUGCCGAUAGUGUUCAGGCAUGUAUAGCUUAAUUUUCAGGAGAUGGGUCUAGUUGGGAUGCUCCAAUGGUCUGUGUGGACUUGUUGGGCCAAAGGGCCUGUGUCCACCCUGUAGUGAUUCUGUGUGAAUUGUCUUCUGUUGAAGUGAAGUAACAUUCUGACUCUGACCAAAGUGAUGCACUUGCUAUCUAUAGUGACUGUGAAAACGUCAUCCAAGUGGACCUCAUUGGAAUACAGGUUUCCUGAUUGGGGCUGCUAACCUGGCCCCAUCAGGGAUCUCUGGCUGAUAGAUAUAAACAGAGGUAUCAGGGAUUCUGUUUGCUCAGAGUUGGCUCUGAGGGAGCUUGAUAAGUGUCAAGGAUUUGCUACUUUAAAUCAAGAGUGACUUUGUGACAGGAUACUGGCCUCUGUGCAGUUAUUUUGUUACCAGAUACCUUUUCUAAUUCAAAUUGAUAUUCAUUUCCAAAAUACACAAUUUGUUACACUUCUGAACAGUAUGCAGACCAGGAAUCUGUCAUUUUUGAUCCUUGGUCUGUGCUGGGUUAACCAAGUUCAGUUGUAGAAGCUGUUGGAACUGGUCAGUUGAUCCUGGGCGAAGGUUUGGAAGACAAAAAUUAUAUCAAUAUUCCAGAAAAUUGACACACGAAAGACAAGUGCUUGUGUGAUAUAACUUUGAACAUCAGUUGGAAAUCUAUUUUUUUUGCCAAUUUGCACUUCCAUCAUUAUUUAACUUGAGGUAGGGUUCCAGAACAACUUUUGCUAUAGCUAUUUUAUAACACUGUAAUGGGAGAAUUUUGUUUUAAGAAAGAAGUUAAUAUGUGCUUAAGACCAAAAGGAUCAAAGAGUAUGAAGAGAAAGUGGGAGCAGGAUAUUGAGUUGAAUGAUCAGCCACAAUCCUAUUGAAUGAUGGAGCAGGCUUGAAGGGGUAAGUGGCUUACUCUUGCUCCUAUUUUCUGUUUUUAUGUCUGUUCUUACCUCUGCAUUGCAGCGUUAAGGCUCAAAUCCUGCUUCAGGACUUGAGCAUAAAAAGAAUCAAGGCUGACACGAUGUUGUUGAUGCCACAUUUCAAUGUGAUGUUAGCUGAAGCCCUAUCCGUCUGGUGGUUUCAGAAGAUCCCAUGCCACUAUUUAGAAGGAUAAAUGUCAAUAAUUUCCUUUUGUCAAUCAUUUAUCCCUCAAUUAACUUCAAGUAAAAAAAAACAGAUUCUCUGGUCGUUAACUUGUUGAUGUUUGUGAGAUUUUGGUGGGGGGUGAUUUGGCUGAUGUCCUUUCUGCAUCAUAGAUGUGACUACAGUUCAAAGAUA